AUGAAACGUGAACUCAAAGGAGCAGCCGGAGCAGAAGUCCAAAUAUCCCGACGGGCUAUUGUGGAAGAAUUGGAUAACUUGACAACACGAUGGAAUGCCUCUGAUGAGCAUCUUAUCCCCACAUUCAAAGAUAUCUUCGCACCCAUCCGUACGAAUCUUGACAAAAUCGCCAAAAUGGAGACAAACCCCACCAUCUUUCAAGACACUCUUACCCAACUGAUCAAAGAUACGCCCCCCUUCGAGACGAGACUCUCCCAAGACAUUACAACUUCACCUGCUAAGGAGCCACCCGGGGAAACAAAGUCGACCGAAAUGGAGUCAAACUGCAUUAUAUUUCAAGACACUACUACCCGGCAGAUCAAAGAUAUGGCCGUCUUGGAGACAAGACUCUCCCAAGGUAUUACAACUUCAGCUACUAAGGAGCCACCCGGGGAAACAAAGUCGACCGAAAUGGAGUCAAACUACAUCAUAUUUCAAGACACUAUUACCCAACUGAUCAAAGAUAUGGCCAUCUUGGAGACGAGACUAUCCCAAGACAUUACAACUUCAGCUGCUAAGGAGUCACCCGAGAAAGCAAGCUCGACCGAGGAGGAGGCGCUUGAGGCCGAAGUGAUCGAAGAAGUGAUCGAAGGGGAGAAGACGGAAACUCUCACAGAAGCUUGCUGCCGAUUGCAACUCGAGCUGGACGCCAAAGUACGUUGCAAUGAAGAACUUGCGAGCAAAGUGAAAUAUCUCGAGGAGCGGGUGGCAGCACUUGAGGCGAAUGCGGAAACUACCGCAUGGCAAUCGGACUCUGAUAUUUGCUUCUGUGAUCGGAACGACGGCUGUUUUAACGUGGGCUGGGAAUGA